AUGUUUCCUUUUGUGGACAACUUGUUGAGAAAUGAUUUUCCUUUAUUUUUUUUCGACGAUAUUUUUAUUCCAGGACCAGGAAUUAGAGUUUAAGUUCCUCGUCCACCAUACACAAAUAGACAAUUCAGAGAUUAAGCUCCAAAAGUAAUUUGAUGGAGAAUUUAUUGAAGCCACCAAGUUUGAAGUUAAUGUAGAGUGUGAAAAAAUCAUUGAAAAAUUAUUCAGAAACACAAGGAUAAUACUGGGCUAUAUUGGGAGAUGAAGCAUAUGAAAAAGGUGAUUACUUUAGGGCAAUAACACAUUAUACAAAAGCAAUCGAAAUAUCAGAGGGAACAGAGGGUUCAUUUUUUAGAAGUAGAGGAUUAGCUUUGAAAUAAGCAGGAAGCUUGGAGCCAGUAUGAAAUUGAUAUUAUAUCACUUUAGGCUUAUCGAGAUGCUAUAACAGCAAUAGAAUUGGAUGAUAAAAAUAUAAAGGCUCAUCUGUUAUGUGGACAAAUAUUGGCUGAACGUGGAAAGAGUGCAGAUAAUACAUAAGAUAUUGAGAUGGCUAUAACAAGAUUAACAAAGUCUAGGACAUUGUGUGCAGGAUAAAAAAAGGAAUAUUAUGAGGAUGAGUUAAGUAAGUACAUUUAUAGAGCUAAAAAAUUGUUGUGGUACAAAAAUUAAGAAAUAAAUAAUA